CCGCAGAGGCGCUCGCAGAUCGGCGCGCAGCGCCGCGCACGCCACGCCCCCGCCGGCACCUUGAUAUGGCGAGGCAGCGAGCAGGCUCCUGCCCGUCGCCGCGGGCCGGCGCGUCGUACGGCUCGGACACCGAGCCCGAUGCGGCGUCGGUCGGCGCCAGCUCAGUCGGCUCCAGCGUCCGCGCCGCCUCGCCGCGCGCGUUCCUGAGCCGGACGCUCGGUGCUCCGGUACGCGGCCUGCAGAGCGUCAGGGCGAGGGCGGUGACCAAGUUUGACCAGACGCACGACGAGAUCCUCGACCGGCAGGUCAGCCGCAUCAUCGCUACCGCGGGAGGCGUCGCCAAGGAGAGCGCAAAGGCGGCCUACAUGCCCCCGCGUGUCGCUGGCUUUGUCGACGGAGUGAUGACCCGGAUGUGGGAGGAGGUCGGCGAGGAGCUCAAGAGCGGCAUCAUGGCAUCGUACGGCCGGACCGACAAGAAGCACCGCGAGCUCCGGCUGAGCCAGUGGGCAAAGGCGCCCCCCCUGCAGCUGGACAACAUCCCUGCCUGGGUGCGCGCAAAGGUGCUAUACGCGACUCAGCCGGCGGACGCGACCAUCUGGAAGGUGACGCAGGAUCCGGUCAACGCGUCGAUCCUCGCCAUCAAGCUCCUCCCAUUCUUCGGAGUCAACGUGCUCAUCUUCGCGUACCUGUUUGCUAACAUCGACCGCAAGGACGAGUACCAGCUGGUGCAGUUCAUCCUCUCCUUCAAGGGCUUCCAGUUCAUCACCGCGCUCUCGCUCGCCGUCAAGGGCGCGCUCAAGUUCUACUACUGCCUCAACCAAGGCGCCAUCGACCCGACGGGCGGAGACCAGUUCGACAUCGCUCGCUGUUCGCUCGUCACGAUGGGCGGGUACUCGGCGUACAUCUACUCGCUCGAGCUGCUGCGCUGCGCUCUCCUCUUCACCGCCGCGCACCUACUCGCCAGCGGGAAGGCGUACGCGGGCGGGCUGGGUGAGGUCCGGGCCCACUCCCUCUAA